AUGCACAAUUUACAAAACUUAAAUAUAAGCGAGGAACUUGUUUCGGAUGUCGGAUAUGUUUAUAUUGUGGAAUUAACUUACAGCAACAAUGAUGUAACUACAAAUAAUACUGGAACUCUUUCUAAUAUAGAAAUAACCCAUGAUAUAGAGGUUAAUUCUGAAGUAUGUGAUCUUACUAUGGUAGAAAAUAAGACAAUUCAAAAUUUAUCAGAAAUUUCUGAAUCUGAUAAAAAUAAUGAAAUUGAACCUUAUUCUACAGAUGAUGACAAUAAUUAUAAGAUCCAUUAUGGGGUUUUUAUUAAAUUGGAUGGAAAAUUUCAACCAGCUAAAUGGUAUACAAUCAUUGUAUCAGAAGUAGAUGAAUUUCUUGCAGAAAUUCAUACUAAUGUAGUCAUAUUAACAAAAAAUAAAUCUAUCGAAGCAAGUGACUAUAAUAUAGCAUUCAAAGCAGAAAAAGCACUAAGUGCUGGAACUCAGUUAGUUGAUACUCAGAAUUUUUAA